AUGCCGGAGCGCCAUCCGGACCACAUCACUGCGGAAAUGCUCCUUUUUCAUCUGCCAAAAAGCAAAGCAGCAGAGCUGAAACGGCUUGCAUCACCGCCAGACGGAUCUCGAAUUUCCACUUACGACGCAUUUUCCGCUUACCUAUGGCGAACAGUCAGUCGACUACGGGCACCCCUCUUCAAGCCAGAUCUCUCAGCACCUCUAUUUUGGUCUGAGGCAGUUGACAUGCGACGGCGUAUGCACAGCCCCAAGUUUCACCCCCGGGUUCAACAAAAUGUAAUGUCUGCUGCACUCUCAGACAGAGUUCCUGUAACUGCGCCUGCGGCGACAGAGGUGAUUUCCGAAUGGCCGCUGGGGAAACUCGCAUUUUAA